AUGGUACUUACUUUCGAGUAUGUGCCGCCUCCUGAUGAUACUCUUGGUUCUGGUAGCUCUGGUGGUUUGGCCCCUAGACGGCAAUGGAAGCUCUCGAAAUUGAGGAAAAAGCGGCCUUUGGGCUUGCUUCGUGAAUCCUUUCGAUCUUCUGUUGCUCCUUUGGUUGGUUCUCUCUCUGGUUUGGUGUCUGCUCCUCCUGGUGUUUGUCCAGAUAUUGAUGCACUCAACGAUUCUUUGAAUCAAUGUUUGUAUGAAUCUCUGGAUAGCUCAAUUGGUGUGAAAUCUGGUCGUCCUGGCCACUGGAAAAAGUACUGGACACAGGAAAUUGAGGAUGCUGCUCGUGAAAGAGAUACUAUGUAUAGUAGAUGGAGGUGGGCAAGUCGUUUUGCCAAAGUCGAAACAUGGAAUCUCUAUCAAGCUGCUCACAGGCGUUUUCGUUCUCUUGUACAAGCUGCUAAGCGUCGAUCGUGGAAUCAGUUUUGCUCUGAUUUAGAAAAGGACUUUUCGAAAGCCACUGCUGCAAUCAAGCGCAUUAAAAGAAACAAGGAAUGCUCUGCAACGUACAGUCAUCCAGACGGUCCAACUGCCUCUGUCAACACAAUGGCGUCCCAUCUUGCCUCAGUCUAUGAUGGCUCUUUGUUGAAUAAUGCGUCUCGCCCUACUGCUCCCCAAGUGAACAACUCUGAUUUGCCUUACGCUGUGCCUACUGAUCUGUCUCUGUUUGAUGCUGAUAUACUUGUCGCUCUCAUUAAGCGUUUGCCAAAUGGGAAAGCUCCUGGUCCUGAUCAUCUGAAAGCUGAAAUGCUGAAGGCUCUAGCAUCUGACAUUGCACCCGUAUUGUCUCUGCUCUUUACACUCUGCUCUCAGUGGUCGUAUACACCAGCUCUAUGGCGACAUGCUCAAGUCUUUCCCAUUUACAAGAAAGGUGAUGUAUCUGAUCCUGCAAACUUUCGUCCAAUUUCGCUUACUUCGGUGAUGCGUAAAUUGUUCGAAUUCUCUCUGAUGCCUGCUCUUGAUGAACAUUCGCCUGCACUUGAUGUUGCUCAAGGUGGUUUUCGCCCACAGCGUAGUCCUCUGGAUCAAGCCCUCUGUUUACAUGACUUGAUGCACGACUACUUCCUCACCCACCAUCACUAUCCUGUGGUGGCUUUCCUGGACAUCAAGUCAGCGUAUGAUACCGUGGAUCGUCGAGUGAUUUGGGAUGCUCUCUCUCGUUCUUCUCUGCCUCGUUCAGUUCUCAGUUUGCUCAUCCACAUGUUCGAUGAUGUACUCGUGUCUGUGUUGAUUGCAAAUCACACCUCUGUUCCCUUUUCGCCUGCUACUGGCGUAUUGCAGGGUUCAGUGCUCAGCCCUCACUUGUACUCUUUGUACAUCAACUCUCUGCCUGCUCUUCUUCGUUCUGCUGUCAGUCGCGGUACUAUGGUAUCACCACCUGGGAUGCCUAGUGUUUGCGUGAAUAGCCUGCUCUUUGCUGAUGAUGUAGCCAUAUUUGGCUCUCGUACUGAUGUGCAAACCAUGUUGGAUGUCGCUUCAGAUCACUCGUUCUCUCUUGGCUACAGAUGGAAACCAUCAAAAUGUGCUGUACUUUGUGCUCCCACUGCCUCUACUCGUCAUCCAUUGUCCCUAUACGGUGAACCUCUUCCUGUGGUAGAGGAAUUCACGUAUCUUGGUAUGCCGUUUAGAUAUAAAGGUCUGUAUGCCCCUGGGAUUCUCAAUCUGCGUGCUUCUGGUGCUAUCAAGACAAUGGCAUUGUUGAAUUCGGUUGGUGUCAAUCGAAAUGGUUUUUCUCUGUUGCUUUGUGCUCGUUUGUAUAAAAGCUUUAUUCGACCCAAGCUGGAAUACGGCUUAGCAAUAUCGCAUCUCUCUUUCCGUGACUUCAAGGCUCUUGAUGCUCUGCAAAAUCGAUUGGUUGGUAUGUUUGUUGGUAGUACAUGGUACAAUGUUGCCAAACAUUUGACCUGUAUUCCCAGCAUGAAGCAUCGAUAUAACGUUCUGACAACACGUUAUGCUCUUCGUGCUGAUACUCUUCCUGAUGAUUGCUUGUUGGUUCUGCUUCGUCGUGGCUUACUGUACACUCGUCUAGACAGAUUUAUUUGUCAAAACCCGUUGUAUCUGACACUAUCUGAUCCGCCGCCAUUCACCACUGCUGGUCUUACUGAAAUCUUCGAUUCGUAUUGGCAAGAUCAAGUGGAUCGUCAACUUGCUACCGCUGCUGCUACUGGUGCUCAGACUCUCCUUCGUGCUUGUCGUCCGUCUGUCUCUCGUCCAGAUCCCAUUCUGUAUCUGCCUAUUGGUCGAUCUGCUCGUAGUCGUCUUGUGCGGUGGCGUCUUGGACGUUUCACCAACAUGCGUGAAGAAUGUCCGUGCACUACCGGUGAGUUUAUCUCCCGAGAUCACUUUCUGACAUGUCGUGCUCUGGAUCGUACCUUUUUUGAUGCUUUGCCACCUGCUCCACCUGGUGUACAUCGCAUUGACCAUGCUCUGAACUGUCUUCCAGACAAAGCUUCAGCUGGUCCACCGUACUUUUGGUCUGCUUUGCUCCUUUUGUUGCAUGCCAUUGAUUGCCUUGUGCAUCCUCUGGCUGUGAUCCCACCAGAUCCAGAUCCUGGAUCGCUCUGGUUUUCUGCUCAUUGA